AUGUCGUACCCGAAAUUCGUUAAGGUGGGAACGGAAAGGGAUAAAGCUGAGGCCUUUGCUGAGUACAGAAUAUUCAGCAUCGGAGAACGGAAGGUGAAAGAUCAAUUAGCACAGCAAUUUCUCACCAGUGCAUUUUAUUUGGUGUUUGAAUAUAUGGACCAUGACUUAAUGGGUCUCUUGGAAUCGGGAUUAGUGCAUUUCACUGAAAACCAUAUCAAAUCCUUCAUGAGACAACUAAUGGAAGGUCUGGACUACUGCCACAAGAAGAACUUUUUGCAUCGAGACAUCAAAUGUUCUAAUAUUUUACUUAAUAACAGGGGACAGAUAAAACUUGCUGACUUUGGACUGGCUCGACUGUACAAUUCAGAGGAAAGUCGACCGUACACCAAUAAAGUUAUUACUCUCUGGUAUCGGCCGCCUGAACUCUUGCUUGGGGAGGAGCGAUAUACGCCAGCUAUAGAUGUAUGGAGUUGUGGAUGUAUUUUGGGCGAGCUUUUUACUAAAAAGCCUAUCUUUCAAGCAAAUCAAGAACUUGCUCAAUUGGAGUUGAUCAGCCGAAUCUGUGGUAGCCCGUGUCCAGCGGUGUGGCCUGAUGUGAUUAAACUACCUUACUUCCAUACCAUGAAACCAAAGAAGCAAUAUCGCAGAAGAUUAAGAGAAGAAUAUUCUUUUAUUCCAGCAACUGCUCUGGAUCUCUUUGAUCACAUGUUAGCUUUGGAUCCCAGUAAACGCUGCACUGCUGAACAUGCCCUUCAGUCCGAUUUCCUGAGAGAAGUGGAUCCUACGAAAAUGCCUCCACCUGACCUACCACACUGGCAAGAUUGUCAUGAAUUAUGGAGCAAAAAGCGGCGAAGACAGAAACAGUCUGGAAUUAGUGAUGAUGCAGCACCUAAAGUUCCUCGUAAGGAU